AACUGUAGUCUUCCCUUAACAAUUCCCGUUUCAGCAGCACUGGACGGAGCUUGCAGCAGGGAACAAAUGGAGUUUGAUGAAGUUGCAGUUUAUUUCUCGGAGGAGGAGUGGGGCUGUUUAACAGAAGAACAAAAAGCGAUGUAUAAGGACGUGAUGAUAGAGAAUUACCGGACCCUCAGGUCUCUGGGAAAUAUUCUUGUGAAGCCUUUACUUGUCUCAAAGAUUGAGAGAGGAGAAGAUCCAUAUCUGGUUAAUGUCCAAAAGAUCAACCAGGGGAAAAGUCUGAUAAAAGCAGAAGAUGAAACCAUAAGACUGGAUAUGGAUGACGAAUUCAAGAAUACCAUUGUUUUUUCCAGUCUUUUACAAGAUGAGAGGAAACCUAUAAAAGGUCAAUUUCUGUGCUUAGAAUGUGGGAUUUUUUUAAAUGAUCAAUUAGAACUUCAUAUGCAUACGAAAAUGCAUAGAAUAGAGAAACUGACAUGCCCUGGAUGUGAUAAAUAUUUUACAGAUGAAUCCGCUCUUAUCAUACAUCACCAAAUUCAUACUGGAAAGAAAAAAUUUUCAUGUUCUGAAUGUGGGGAGUUGUUAACCAAUAAAAAAUCCCUUCUUCGGCAUAAGAAAUUCUGUACAGGAGAGAGAAAAACUGUCUGUUCUGGAUGUACAAAUUAUUUAACAUGUAAAACAAAUCUUAUUAAACACCAGACAGGAGGGAAAUCAUUUAAAUGUUUGGAAUGUGGGAAAUCGUUUGCAGGUAAAUCCACUCAUACUAGCCGCCAGAGAAUCCAUAAAAGAGAAAAAACGUUUUCAUGCUCUGACUGUGGGAAAUGUUUUGAAGCAAAAAAGACCCUUAACAGACACCAGCGAAUCCAUACCGGGGAGAGAAUCUUUUCAUGUUUUGAAUGUGGGAAAGGUUUUACAUCUGUAUGGCAUCUCAAUAGACAUGAGAGAAUCCAUACAGGAGAAAAACCAUUUUCAUGUUCUGAUUGUGGGAAAUGCUUUACAGUUAAAUAUUCUCUUAUUACACACCAGAGAAUCCAUACGGGAGAAAAGCCAUUUCCAUGUUCAGAAUGUGGGAAAAAUUUUAGAUGUAAAUCAUCUUUGAAUCUACAUCAGAGAACUCACACUGGAGAAAAACCGUUUUCAUGUUCUGAAUGUGACAAAUGUUUUAAAGAUAGACGAGCUUUUUUUAAACAUCAGAGAAAACAUGCUGGAGAAACAAUAUUUGCAUAUCCUUAAUGUGGGAAAUGUUUUAUAGGUUAAAGGGACGUUAAACCCUUGAGUCCCACUCUGGUGCUAACGAUGGCUCAAAGCCGUUGCUAGCACUCUCCCACCUUGAGGGAGAUCUGGGGGCUCUCACCCGCUCCUACCCUGGCAAUCGGCCUUCAUAGUGACAAGCAUCGCCGGGGCUUCACGUUUUACGUGGUGACGUCACCGCGCAACUUUAUUAAAAAUUUACAAUACAAAGUAUAGGGAAAGGGGGCAUGUUGCUUAGAAGCCUGUAUCUCAGACAUCUCAGCAGCUACAGACCCUAAACCCUUCGUUGGAAAGGUAAUCGCCUAACCUUUCCAACGGUGUCUUGGAGAUCUGGGAAAAAAAUAGAAAAGUAAAAAAUUUUUUACAAAUAAAUAAAAAAAAAACAACCUUAAAUCAGCUUAGCACUCAAAGGGUUAAACAACUUUGCAAUAUACUUUCAUUAUUUAUUUUGUAUCCUUUUCCCGUGAUUUAACAGAAAUUUGAUAGCCCACAAUUUUCAAUUAUAUGUGGAUAUGUAGAUUCCGGAAUCUAGGGCUGUCCAAUUGGACUCAACAGAGAAGGCAACCUUUGUUACAACAUGGCAGAGUCCAUUGCAUGAUGGAUGCUAUAAUUUAUCCAUUUUUUUAAGUUAAACUAAUAUCAUUAAAAAAAAAUCUUCAUAUUAUUCUCAAGCGAAUCUUUGCUUUGAAUACGACAUUCUAUCUAUUAUUUAUUUAGUCUAUAAUGUUCCCUUAAAGGGACAUGAAACCCCAAAAAUGUAUUUCAUGAUUAAGAUAGAGAAUAUAAUUUCAAAUAACUUUCCCAUUUACUUCUAUUAUUUAAUUUGCUUCUUUUUCUUGUUACCCUUUGCUGAAAUGUUAAUCUAGGAAAGUUCAUGUGCAGCAGAGAACCUAGGAUGUAGCUGUUGAUUGGUGGCUGCAUAUAUAAACCGAUUGUCAUUGGCUCACCCGUGUGUUCAAUUAGAAACCAGUAGUGCACGGCUGCUCCUUCAACAAAUUAUACCAAGAGAAUAAAACAGAUUAGAUAAUAGAAGUAAAUUAGAAAGUUGUUUAAACUUGUAUUCUCUAUCUGAAUCAUGAAAUAUUUUUUGGGGGGUUUCAUGUCCAUUUAAUGAAAUUUUAAUAAGCAGUAGAAAAGUAAUAUAUGGGAAAAAAAUACUACGAGUGUACAUACAGAGAUUUCAGAAGAUAAUGCUGUUAAGAUAAUUUUGAAGCAAAAUUUAUUCUUGUGAAACAGCAACACUCUAAAAUCAGGAUUUGCAAACAGAUUUUAGUGUGUUGCUGCUUCACAAGAAUAAAUUUGAUUUUGAAAUUAGCCGAACAGCACAAAGGUAUCCAAAACUUCCGAAUGCACACCACUAAAAAUACAUUUUUGGUGUAUAGGAAAUGUUUUAUUUCUUAUUUGUUGUAGAAAUUAAUUCAUAUAUAAAGACAUAAAAAUCGCAUUAGGAUCUAACAAGUUCUAACAAAUUAAUAUAGGAAUCAAUAGUAAAGGAUAAUGCUAGAUUAUGUAUAUAAAUGUUGGAAAUAAAGAUACUUUUGUGUAGAACUGAACAUUUUCAUGUACAAGAAAGAAAAAUAAAUGUUGGUUGUGUCAUA